UCUACAAUUUUAAAUUAAAUUUAUUAGAAUAAAUGCUUCGAACACACGCGAUCUAAGUACCUUUUGUGUUUAUUAUACCUUACCUACCUAGGUAUAAAAAGAGUACUUACGUAGAUUUUCUUUUAUUAACUGUUUUAUACGAAGAUCUUGAUCUCUCAAAUUAGCAUCCAUUUUACUUCCAGUGAUUAUCAACUAAAUUAAUAAUCCACAAAGUAUUAAAUAACGUUUUUAUGAAAUAUUUAGCACAAAAACAAUACCCUUUAAAUAUCGAUCGUCAGUAACUGUGGCUGACUUACCUAUAUUCUAGCAAGCAGGACUGCCAGAUGUGAAGAGGAAAUCCCCAAUAAAUUGUUGCAUGUGACUGAUGAUGUGAGCAUGUUCGUUUCAUAAUAAAAAUGUUGCCAGGUAACCAAAAAGUCGUAUGUUUUUGUGCGAAUUACGAUCAUAAUCUUUACGAUCGUACAUUAAAAAAUAGACAAAUAAUAGUAUGAGUACGAUUUAAAUCGUAUAUCUGUCAACCCUGCUAGCAAGACAGCGACAAAAUCACGUUGCAUAACAAUGUAGCCCAAGCUUAUAUCUUAUGAAAUAUACGGAAGAGAUACGGACUUAGAAAAAACAGAAAUGUUGUUCUUUGUGGAAGUCAUUGAUGAAAUUCUAUGUAUUUUAGCCCGCAAACUUUCUUCAAACAAAAACAGCGCCAUCUAGUAUCGAGUUCUGUAAUUAUCUCUUUGUUUAUGGAUUUGAAGUAAGACCGCCACGCAUGCAAUACAUUAUGACUGGGGAUUCCCCUAUUCGUCGACGCUGAAUAUGAGGCGACGACAAUCACUGUCAAACGUGUUCACUAUUACUCUGACUCUGGUAACGUGACUUCCUGGUAACGUGUUAGGUAGGAAAAGCAGUAAAAAAGUGCAUAUUAAGGGAGCAGAUUUGAAAUAAUAUUUAUACUUAACAAGAAAUAAUUAAAGGUUCAAUGGGGAGACCUAAAGAUUUACGCAUAUGGGAGCACUACCGUACUUUACCAAACAAGUCUGUUUCUUGCAAGCUUUGUAAUAAGGUCUACAAAUUCAGUAAUGCUGCCAAAAUGCUUCAACAUCUUAUCACUUGUCCAAAAUCUCCAGAAACAUUAAAAGACUCUAUGAAACUUAUAAAAGAUAGCUCGUCCAAAACCAAAAUGUCUGGACUGUCAGAGAUAGAGACAAAUGAUUCUUUUAUAAGCCCCUCGUCGUCUGCUAACACUACAAUAAAUGCUGAGUUUCAAGACACCGAUGAUCAUAUAAAAACAGAAUUAGCGAGAGCUAUAUUUGUAACAGGGACGCCAUUAUCGAUGGUGCAACAUCCCUUAUGGAUACAAUUUUUCGAAAAAUUGCAACCAAAAUUUAAAAUACCUUCACGUAAAGCUUUAGCGACAAAAUACUUAGAUAAAAUAUAUAGAGAAAUGCGUUUUGAGUUAAAUGAGGAACUAAAUGCUUGUAGUUACUUACACCUUCAGUGCGAUGGCUGGUCUAAUUUAAGAAAUGAAGGAAUAAUAAACUUUCUUAUAUCAAAACCUCAACCUGCAUACGUUAAAAGUUUGAAUACAGAAAGUAAUCCUCACACUAGUGAAUACCUUAGCCAAGAAGUUGGAAAAGUAAUGAAAGUGUAUGGAGCAAAUAAGUUUCUUGUACUUAUUGGCGAUAACGCUAGAAAUAUACAAAAGGCAUUCGAAUUAACAAAACUCAGAUAUCCACAUGUUGUUCCUCUCGGUUGCUGUGCACAUAUCCUUAACUUGUUGUGCCAAGAUAUUGUAAAGAUACAAGAAGUAACUGUGUUUAUUAUGCAAGCCAUAAAUAUAAUAAAAACUGUUAAAAGGAGUCAACGAUUAUGUUCCUUGUUGAUAAAAUCAAGGCAGGGUGAAGAUUCUACACAAACACUAAAAUUGCCUUGUGCUACAAGAUGGGGAAGUCAUGUUACUUCGUUAAAAAGUUUGAAAGCAAAUAAGAUAGCUUUGCAAAUAUUAACAGUUAGAGAAGAUGUGGUAAUUUCAAGAGAUAUUAAAGAUUUAAUUCUAAGUGAUGAUUUCUGGACGAAGACAGGGGAAUGUAUAAGUAUUUUGGAACCAGUCACUGAAAGCAUAUUUUACUUAGAGAGCGACCAGAAUCGUUUGCAUCGCACAUACAUUACAUUUAGAGAUGUACAAGCUAAGAUACGUUUUGCAUUAAAUGAGAUUUCGACAUUGAGCGAAGAAAGCAAACAGCAGAUUCUAACAUCAGUAUCUUCAAGAUGCAAUAUGGCAAUGAGGCCAAUACAUUUUGCAGCAUAUAUUCUAGACCCCAGGACUCUAGGAGUCGAACUUACUCAAGAGGAAGAACUUAAGGGUAUGGAGUUUAUCUACAAUUUAAGCCAACACUUAAGUUUGUCAAAUGUAAUGGCAGAUUUGGCGUGUUAUAAAGCUAAAGAAAACUUUUGGGCCAGAGGAUUUGUAUGGAGCUCAUUAGAUAGCAUUGAGCCCCUAAUAUGGUGGAAAGGUAUUUGUGGUUCCACUGAGUUAAGCAAAGUAGCGAUUCGUAUUCUAUCAGCUCCCUGUACUUCGGCAGCCACUGAGCGUUCCUUUAGUAUCCAAGGCUACAUACAUAAUAACAAAAGAAAUCGACUUACAACUGAAAGAACUGAAAAAAUUUCAUUCAUUUGUUAUAACUGGAAUCUUAAACAUAAAGCUGAAUGCGAGGACAUUCAGUUUAAUGAAGAAAAUACCUUAGAAGCUUUCAUUGAGCAAGUAAAUGAACAUAACAGUUUAGACGAAAUAGAGCCUAUCGAACCUAUACAAUUCAUCGCUUGUAAUAACUCUGAAUCUGACAGUGAUUGACUGUAGUUUUACAUUUUACUUUCAUCUCUUUCUUAAUAAACUCAAAAUCAAAUUAAAA